AUGGGACGCACAGAAGACGCGAGGCCGGAGCCUGUUCACGACAUUCAGAACCCGGAUCCCGAGGCCGGGCUUCACAGCUGUCAAGGGCACAUUGUCGUAAAGCCUACUCGCACUUGGAAGGGUUAUCUCUGGGACACAUGGGAGCUGCCACCAGAUCAACGCAAACUGCUCUUCAAGGUAGACGCUUUCGUGCUCACCUUUGCUUCAAUUGGUUACUUUUUGAAGAAUUUGGACCAGAGCAACGUCAACAAUGCCUUUCUAAGCGGUAUGAAGGAGGAUCUCAACAUGUACGGUAACCAGCUUGUCACCAGCGUCUCCAUUUGGACUGUGGGUUACGUGAUCGGUCAAAUUCCUUCGAACUUACUAUUGACCCGCAUCUCGCCGCGAUGGGUUAUUCCGUCACUUGAAGUUGGAUGGGGAAUUGCUACCAUUUGCACGGCCUCCGUGAAGUCGUACCGGGCCCUUUAUGCCAUGCGGUUUCUCGUGGGCUUGUUUGAGUCCGGCUUCUAUCCUGGUAUCCACUACAUGUUAGGCUCUUGGUACACGCCCCGGGAGAUUGGCAAACGUGCCAUGAUCUUUUGGUUGGCUGGCACCAUUGGUUCGCUCUUCAGUGGCUUCCUCCAAGCUGCUGCUUACACCAACCUGCACGGAGUGCAUGGUUAUGCUGGAUGGCGAUGGCUCUUCAUCAUUGACGGGAUUAUUACAUUACCGCUCGCAGUCGCUGGCUACUUGUUCUUCCCUAACUUGCCCCAAGGCGGCAUUAAGACUUGGUGGACGACCGAAGACGAGCAUGUACUCUCAGUUAAGAGGAUGGCAGCCGUAGGACGUGCUGCCCUGCUCUACAUUGUAUGGAACAAUGGCAGCCCUCAGCAAGCGAUGGGCUAUUGGCUCAAGUCUUUCAAUGCGAAGCCACCCCCCGUCCCGGGCGUAUCCUACACUGUAGCACAGAUUAACAACCGUGAGUGGACCAGCACUACUGGCCGUGAAGGCAACCAAGAUACCAGAUCUUGGAGACUGACAACUUAA